GAUUAUUUUGGUUUGGUCGACAUUUCUUGUUGGCCGUAUCAAUAAAUAAGAAUUAAUUAGUUGUGAGAAAUAAGAAACCCCGUAAUAUAGUCAUAAUGUGUCAUUUUUUUGAAGUGAACUCCUUUGUGCAUUAUACUCUGUGAAAUUUUGGAUUUUUCAACAAUUGAAAGAUAAAAUGACAUAAUGUCAGGGGGCAACUCCAAGAGCAAGCGGUCGAAACGUCACGAGGGUUGGGAGGAGGCGGGGGGGGAGUUCUAUCAGGAACUGUACCCGGGGGGGGAGCAGGAGUUAUUCGAUAACUUGCAAAGGGCAGAUGCGGCUAAAUUGGCCACAUUGUUGCCGUCGAAACAGGCGCGAACGACGACAGUAAAACGCACAAGAUCCCAAAAUGAAAGGCGACAAUCAACAUUCGCCCGCACGAUGCAAAGCCGGGAUAUACACUUGUCCAUGUUACCGGAUUUGUCUGAAAACCUGUCGAACGAAGAACGUACUUGGGAAGAAAUUAUGCAGAUCAAAGCUAUGCCGGUACCGAUGCACCAAAAGCGAGACCUUAAGGCUAGGCUUCAGAAUGCAACAAAACUACGCCUACAAGGUUUCGAGCAACUUCAAUGGCGUCAAAGGAAAGUCUGGCAUCGAUUUAGGAUAAAUUUCGCCGAAAUAAUGGGAAAAUUGGAAUUAUGGCAAUCUGCAUUACGGGAAAUCGAGGGGAAAUUCGGUACAGGGGUUGUCGCGUAUUUCCUCUUCUUACGAUGGCUAUUUUUCCUAAACAUUGCCAUAUCUCUAUUCGUAAUUUUCUUCCUAAUUUUACCCAAAGUGUUGCUAGUCGAAAAUACCCUAAUUUGCACUGAAGAUUACAAUAAUUCGACCAUUUGUUGUUCUGAGGCGUAUUUUAGCAGAAAUGUGACGGGAAAUAAUGUGAUGUUAGAUUUAAUUCAGGGAACUGGGAGCAUGGAGAGAACUAUAUUGUUCUACGGGGUGUACAGUAAUCAGAUAUAUUCGUAUUUUUUAAGAAACUUGUGGGAAGCCAAAAUGUUCUAUAAUAUGCCGAUGGCAUAUAUUCUAGUGCCAAUAUCUUGGGCACUUUUUUCCUUAAUAGCUAUAGUGAAAACUGGGGCAAAGGGCUUCAAAGAAAGAUUAGUGGAGAGUGAAGGGCAGUUCUACAUGUAUUGUAAUCUAGUUUUCGGAGGCUGGGACUUCUGUAUUCACAAUGAAAAAUCUGCCAAAAUUAAGCACAAAGCCCUGUAUAAUGAAAUAAAAGGGUGCUUGGAGGAAGAAAGGUUCAACGAAGAGAAACAACUGCGUAGUAAAGAGAGCCAUAUCUUGAUGCAUUUACGACGCUUGCUAGUCAAUUUUCUAGUGCUCAUAAUAUUAGUUGCGUCCGGUAUUUUGAUAUAUUUUACGUUCAAUUAUUCCCUAGAUAUGCUAGACGAACAGAUAUCCCAAAGUGAGUUCGUUAAUAGAAGCGCGGAAAGGCUUACCCUAGGUCUGUAUAGGGAAAACUACACGUUUGGAAGGUUCCAGAACACUUUUCUGGAAUUUGUUCCGUAUCUAUGCAUAGUGGGGCUAAAUUUAAUAGUCCCAGAAAUAUUUGGACACCUCAUUAAGUAUGAAAACUACAAUCCCGCGCACGUAAUACUGAUAUCUUUGCUGAGAACCGUCUUGCUGCGAUUGUCUUCAUUCGCAGUAUUGCUCAGUCAGAUCUACAUACAAGUGACUGACCCGAAUCGAGUGACGUGCUCAGUAUUUACUGACGACAACCGUCUCGAAUGCUGGGAAACGUAUGUCGGUCAGCAAUUGUACAAACUGAUCCUCACAGAUUUUGCUGUGCAAUUUGUGAUGACGUUUUUCAUUAACUUCCCACGGUCGUUUAUAGCGCGGCAUUCGCAUAGCACUUGCUUAAAAAUUAUCGGGACUCAGGACUUCUAUCUGCCAAAGCAUGUGUUAGAUAUCGUGUACGUGCAGACUAUUAUAUGGAUGGGUGCGUUUUUCUGUCCGUUCCUACCAAUAAUGGGGACUAUUUUCUGCUUUUUAAUAUUCUAUGUGAAGAAAUUCGCGUGUUUAGUGAAUAGUACUCCCUCGCCCAUAGUGUAUAAAGCGUCAAAAUCCAAGUCACUUUUCAUGUCGGUUUUGCUACUAGGUUUCGUUAUAUCUAUAGCGCCAGUCGCGUAUUCUAUCGCGGAAUUAAUGCCCUCCAUAAACUGUGGACCCUUUAGAGGCUAUACAACGGUUUGGGAGUACGUAGUACUAACGUUUGAAACGUUUCCGAACGUUAUUCGAGAGACGAUAUUCCUUUUGGGCACGUCAACGUUCGCCGUACCGGCUUUCGCGGUUUUAUUAAUAUUUCUUUAUUAUUAUUGGGCAGUAGCGACAGCUAAUAGGCAUAUGGUGACAGUUUUGAAAAAUCAAUUGGUAUUAGAAGGUCACGAUAAACAGUUUUUGUUGAAUCGACUUAGCGCGUUUAUUCGGCAGCACCAAAAAAGAUGCGAUAGACGGAAUAGAGCUAGUUUUGCUGAUGACGAUUCUUCGAUACAAAAUAGUUCGCGGUAAAUGAAAACGGGUAACGCCAUCUGUUGGCAGCUUGUCAAAGUGACGUUGACAGUUCUUUCGCGCCAUUUUUUUUUGCUAUAAAACAUUGCCAUUUAAAAAAUAGUUACGAUAAAUCGAAGUUUAUGGUACUUUUUAAUUGCUGCUAGCGAAUUAAAUACAUUUUUUUAUUUGUCGCACAUAGUGGAGUUUAUAAAAAAAGUGUCAAAAAAGGCUGCCAAUAAAUUUGUAUGGAUUUUUGCUCAAAAUAAAUCACAUUUGUAAUUUGCCAUAUUAUAUGAGAUUCUGUCAACAUUGUAAAAAUUUGUGAAAUAUUAUUAUUCUCCAUAAAAAUGGAUUAUAUAAAUGUAAUGUAUUGUAAAUCUAUGACGUCACAUAAAAUUCGUAGUUAGUGUAUAAAUAUAUAGGUGCAAAAUAGAAAAAAAACAAUCACAAUAUAAACUAAAAUGCAAAAAAAAAAAAACAAUUUAUUUAACACCCAUCAAAUUUAAA